UCCAAAUAGUGGGAGGUCUGACAAACCGAACGAGGCAGUGAGCAAGAAAUUCCAUUCCUGUCGAAAUCAGUAAUUCCUCCUUGCUGGCUGCUUUUCUUCGUGGUGUGCGUGCUUUCUUCUGUGUCACUGUGUGCGAAGGGCUCCGCUAUUAUUAUUAUUAUUUCAAAUAUAGCUUGCCCCGGGGCGGGGGAAUAGCACAAGGAAAGAGCCGGCGAGCAGCCUAUCUCUCAGAAGAAAAGAGCGAGCCUCGCAGCACGGGAGCUGGCUUCACUCGAGUGUGCAGUUUAGAAGUCAAAACAAAACAAAACAAAACAAAGCAAAAAGAUUGAUUCCAAAUGCCACCGUUUUGGAGGAGGCUGAAGAAAAAGAACCCCAAACUGGCUUAAUGCUGAAGGAUGCAGUCAGACAGGGCGCAGAGCGAACCCAAACGCAGUUUGAGCUUGGGCUCUAAAGUGCAAUGUAAGUCUCUCUUAAAUUGUUUUGUUUUGUUUUUAAAUCAUAGUAUCUGGGUUUUUUCUUUUCCAUUUUGAAGCCAGGCUGGGCCAAAAGGUAGAAUUAGUGACAAAAAUCAGCACGGAGCAGAACACGUAAUCUCUCAUCUGGGGCUGAAAAUGAUCCUGAAAUGCAACAGAAGUCAGAGACUAUGGGGCGUAUUAUGGAAGAUGCACUAUAAAUAAGAGCAUAUCUAAUUAUUUCAAGAGAAAGAUGCCGGACGGAAUCUUUAAUCAACUUUCUUAACAGGGAAGCAAGAGCUCUGCUGUUUUGUAUGGAAAGCUAUUUUAAUACUGCUGUGUUCAAAAUUGUGUGAUUACAGUUACCAAUAGCAAUAAGAUGUAGCUCCAGAGGGGAGUCCUAGUGGCUGCAAAAGUUUUUUCUCUCUUAUUUCUACAACAUCUUUGCUCUCUCAAGCCUCAAGUCCAUGGUCUCUAUCCUCCACUUUGGCUUUGCGUUUUACCUGGGUUUUCAGUGCCAACUCUGGACUUCCUAUGGAACAGCAAACAAAACAUUUGGGCAUUUGGAGUAAUUCUGGUAUGCUUUUCUAUGUUGUGCCAAUGGUAAAAAUGCAGUUGACGAAGAAUUGGGCUCCACCAACUUCUGCCACGGACAGCUGAGGAAUGCAAAGACUGAUGGUGACGAAGGGUGACCAUUUCCUAUUUUUCACCAUUUAUCUCACCGAUUUCGGACUUAGCAAUGGAUACCCUAUGUGAUGAGGAGAGCUCUGUGAACCCAACUGCAAACUCCUUAAUACAAAUAAAUCACGAGAGGAGACUCUACAGAAACGUUUACGGACCAGGAGAGAAUAAUGUGUCACAUUUCUGUAACUUGACUGCAGAUUCGGAAAACCUGACCAAUCUUUCAUGUGAAACUCCACCAUGCUACUCUUCCCUCUUUCAGCUCUCAGAAAAAAACUGGCCGGCUCUGCUGACAGUGAUAGUGAUCGUUUUAACCAUUGCUGGGAAUAUUCUUGUCAUCAUGGCUGUGUCACUGGAGAAAAAGCUGCAGAAUGCCACUAACUACUUUCUCAUGUCACUUGCCAUAGCUGAUAUGCUGCUGGGUUUCCUUGUGAUGCCAGUGUCAAUGUUAACCAUACUUUACGGAUACACAUGGCCUCUGCCUAGGAAGCUCUGUGCCAUUUGGAUCUACUUGGACGUGCUUUUCUCCACUGCCUCCAUCAUGCACCUCUGUGCCAUCUCAUUGGAUCGUUACAUUGCCAUUCGAAACCCCAUCUACCACAGCCGGUUUAACUCAAGAACAAAGGCUUUUGCCAAAAUAAUUGCUGUUUGGACCAUAUCAGUUGGUAUCUCCAUGCCCAUCCCUGUCUUUGGACUACAAGAUGACUCCAAAGUGUUUAAGAAAGGCCACUGCCUUCUUGCAGAUGAGAAUUUUGUACUAAUAGGCUCCUUUGCGGCAUUCUUCAUCCCUCUGACCAUCAUGGUGGUCACUUAUUUUUUAACUAUCAAGUCGCUGCAGAAAGAAGCCACGCUGUGCGUGAAUGACACUGGCCCAAAGACCAAGUUUGCUUCUUUCAGUUUCCUCCCUCAGAGCUCCCUUUCUUCAGAGAAACUCUUCCAGCGCUCUUUGAACAGGGACAUGGGGACCUCUGGGAGGAGAACCAUGCAAUCCAUCAGCAAUGAGCAGAAGGCUUCCAAGGUCCUUGGCAUCGUCUUCUUUCUGUUUGUUGUGAUGUGGUGCCCGUUUUUCAUCACCAAUGUGAUGGCUGUAAUUUGUAAGGAGUCAUGCAGUGAAGAAGUCAUUGGUGGGCUACUUAACAUAUUUGUUUGGAUUGGGUACCUUUCUUCAGCCGUCAAUCCACUCGUAUAUACGUUGUUCAAUAAGACCUACCGCUCAGCUUUCUCUCGCUACAUUCAGUGUCGCUACAAGGAGGAGAAGAAACCUUUCCAGCUGAUUUUAGUGAACACCAUCCCAGCGCUUGCAUAUAAUUCUAGCCAACUCCACCUGGCUCAAAUGAAGAGUUUGAAAAAAGAAGCAAAAUUGAUGACUAAGGAUUAUUCGAUGGUCACGAUAGGGAUACGCCAUAUGGAUGGUACCUCAAAGGGAAGCAUUAGUCCAGGGAAUGAAAAGGUCAGCGGCGUGUGACUCUACCAGCUGUUGGCAGCUGCCAUGACAACCCCAAGUGUACACUGAGAAUUUCAUCUCGUGGUGAGAUGCUCUGAGAGCGCAAGAAAAUCAGCCCUGUCUGAGAGACCCUCCAGUAACAUCACACACACCUCAUGUUAUCCUGUUGAUGAAAGGCAGGGUGGAAUGGUAUCAAAUGUGCAAUUUUUUUUCAUAUAGUACUUUGGCUGUUUUAAGCACAGGCUUUAUUAAACUUAUUUUUUUAAUAAUAUAAGGGAUAUAUUUCUUAAAGAAAAAAAAAUGCAGUUUCUGGUAUUAUAAUUAUGGGCUGUGAAGAAAUCUACGCAUUUCUUUUCUCUUUGCAAAUGAAAGCUAAGCUGUCCUUUGAUUUCCAUGCAGGGUAGGCUCCAGCUAGUUCAUCUUGCUGCAGUGGGAUUUUGUUAUCACUAACCGAAUGAGCACUUUAUGGAACUUUAAACAAAACGAUGGUUAAUUUACUAAUAUAUAUUUAAAAUGCAUUUUAAAGCAUUAAAGAAAGAUCUAUUAAAACCUGUACAGAUGAAUUAUAUCGAAAUUUUGGUAACAGUGUUUUUAUGUCUAUUUUUUUCUUCCGAGUGACCAUUCUAAAAUGUUAAUGGACUUUUCCACUGCUUGUUCUGUGUUUAAAUUAGCAGUCUUCAAAAGUAAAUGAUACUUGAAUGAUCCCCUUUUUCUACCACCAUUCUUAAUCUUCUAUUUCAUGUCUCGCACUUUAUUUCCAUUUUAAAAACUUCAUCUGUUCUAAGGUAAAACUUCAAAGUAACUUUUACAAAAGUCAUUAUUGGACUUGAUUCUCUGCUCCUUUCCACUGGUGUUGACAGGGAAGUGAAAUGAGAGAAGAGUGGAAAAUCAAGCACAGGACUGCUAAGUAAUUUCAAGAGUGAUUCCACGCCUCUGCUUGAUUCCAACAGGGCCUGUUUUAAGUAAUGUCAGUGAAAGUUUUUCAUGAGAAAAUCCUUUAGGUGAAAGCUUUCAGCAGAUUCUCUCUCAAUGUUUCUCUUUGGUUUAGAAGGUCAUUAUGAAGGCGCUCUUCUGGAUUUCUUUUAGUGCUCAUAGAGUCAGAAUUAUUCAAAACCCGUUACUUGUUCAAAAUUGUUUUCCCUGUUUUGCUGUUUUGCUGUUACAGUAGAUUGCUCAGGAAUGUUAGGUAGCUUGCACUAUUAGGACUCAGCCUUAAUGAAAUGUGUUGGGGAAAAACGGGCCCACUUGAAAACAACAGGACUUAUCAGCUACACCGCAUUCCACCUGCACAGCUCCAAGGGAAGAACGCAUUACCUGAUGAGGUUGGGGAGCGGUUUCAUUCAUGGGCAUGUGGCCAUUAAUGCUUAUCACCCAAAAAUUGGAACUUUUGGAUCUCAUGACAAAUCAACUGGUGUAAAUAUUGUGCUCACCAAGAUGCUUGAUGGAAACACUCAGACACCAGAAUCAAAAUAAAAGAGCUUUAGCAGAAAGAAAAAUCAGCUCACUGUUCCUCCCUUCCUACACCCUCCCAAAUCCUGCAUGGCACAUCAAGAGGGGUGCAAGCCCACAGCUCCACACAGGUAGAGAAGGGAUUUUAGGGGGAAUCUGAAGAACACAGCUGAGCAUGAGGACAGCUGCAGAGCAGAUAGGAACAGUGAUUUCCCACUGUUCAUUGAGGAGUUUAAUACAGACCCUAAAUCAGCAGGUUUGAACCAAGGACAACCACCAGCUCUUAUUACACCAUCCAGCCAACAUCACUUCAGGGUACCCCACAGAACAGGGUGUUCAGAACAUCCUGGGUCCCAGACAUCUCUCUGCAAAUGAAAGAUGAUUUUGAGGAUUCACUCUUGAGAACUCCAGGGGAAAUGUAGGGAGCAAUAAAACCUAAGUACUCUGAGUAGGGAGCUCUGGAUCCAGCACCCAUCCAGACUGCCUUCAAAUGAGGAAUACUGACUAAAGGACUCCAAGUAUGAGGAGAAAGGAAACAUAGGUGCUACUAAAAGUGGAGGGAAAUGCUUCCUUUAGUGCAAUUCCUUCCAAUUUUGUUGCAUUUCUGUCCUUUCAAGAGAAAUAAGAGGAAAGGAUAGAGAGCCCUUUUCCUACUGCCCACCUGUGCCAGGGAGCAGAGCUGGCACACAGGUACCUUAACAUGUAUACGGGCGCCCUGCACUUUUGCACAGCUCAGUUCUUCCAGAUCUCCUGUUGCUGUUCAGCAAAGUCUCCCCUACUCAGCUGCUCUUAAUAAUCUGCUGCUGAACAUUUCACAUCCAGUGCCGAUGCUCUCUGCUUACCAUCUGCAUUUCACCCACAUGGCAGUGUAAAUCAGCCUGCUGUCUCUCUCUCCUUUCACCUUCUGUUCCUCCUUCACAAUGUGAAAUUGCUCAGGUUGCAAAUACUGACAGGGAAUGUUUCAAUGCAAACAGAAAGGGUUUCAAUUACUUGCUUGAUGUUUCAUUAGAAGACGACUCCGAACAUGAAAUCCUUUCCCGCUUAUUAAAACAAAAGCUGUGUUUGGAGCCUAAGAGACUUGACAGCAUUUCUUUAAUUAACAGCUGGAGGCAACAUAACAUUUAUUUUUUGUUAGAAGCGGGGAUAUCUGAUGCCAGAGAUUGUAGCACCGCUAGCACUCAGAUCGAUGGCUUUAUUGAGCGGCUUCUGCCCAAGAAAGCUCUGUAAGCCAGGAAUGCACAGCAGAUGAAAACCACGAUCUCCAGCUCCUUAUGAAGAUAUCUGACAGUUUUGGAAGGACUGAUUCUGCCACUUCGCACCAAAAUUUUAAUAGAUUUUUUUUCUGUGGUUUUGCCUUAGGGAUGAUGACAGAGUCAAUGUCUGAAUUUGUAACACCCACCGUGCCAGUUCUGCAGGAGGCUGUUAAUCAGGAGAUGGCAAUUAGAAGUCUCUAUACUGCUGCCAGAUGUCAAAGUUCAGCCAUUUCCAACCAGAAUUUGUUUAUAGGCUUGGGAUGAAUGCUACUGUUUGAUAUGACCAGCUUCAGAGCAACAACUCCAACUUGCAAAAAGAAAGUGAGUGUUUUCAUUAUGCAUCAGACCAGAAUGGAAAUUGUGAAAAUUCCCAGGAAAGAAAGAAGAAAAAAGACAUUCACGUUGACUAGAUCAGAGGUCAGGGCCUUCCCCUGCCAUACAGGAAAAGCAUGACAAGUCCGUCUGUCACAUCCACGUCCAACAGAACUGAUUCAUCUGUAAAAUGCUUUAACUGACAAUUUUUAAAGCAGUUCUACAUUUUAUUACUGCUGAGACUGCAUCUGAGAAAUGCCCAAAGACAUGAAGCUCACCAUGUAUCUCCUAAGCUGGUGUGCAUACUUUAUAUACUUCAGGGUAAAGCAUCCUAAGUAUCGAUCCCAUCCAGCCUAUCAUGCACUGUACUUAUGUAAUUAUUGGCAAAUGGUGAGAUGCAUUCUAUUUUGAAUACCUGUAUCUUUGCUUAUGUAAAUACAUAGAGAGAACAGUUUGCUGUAUUUUGUAAAUGCUAAUGUAAAACAGUGUUCUAAAGCUUUAUUGUUUUGCCAGACCCCACUGCUCAUAAAGCAGAUUAAAAUAUUCAAAUGCCA